AUGCCGCCCAAGGAGCCUGCAGCAAAAGGCAAAAAAAAGGAGAAGGAGGAAACGGAGGAAAAGGAGGAAAAGGCUAGCAAGGCUUCAAAGGGAAGGAGUGCCAAGGCGAAAGCCAAACCAAAGGCAAAAGAAAGUCGAAAAGCACAGGCGAAAGCAAAAGCAAGUCCAAAAGCAAAGACGAAAGCAAAAGCAAGUCCAAAAGCAAAGACGAAAGCAAAAGAAGCAGCACGCCCGGCAGCAAAAAGCAAGGCGAAGGUUGAGAGCAAGGUUAAGGAGGACACAAAGGAGACAGAGGAGCUGGAAGAGCAUGAUCUCGCUGAUCAUGAUCAUGAGGAAGGUGAAUCUAAAGAGGCAAAGAUCAAGGAGAGGAACAAGAAUGCACACAAAUUGUACAUGCGGUUCUGGCGGAACGUGCGGAGCCACGCGCAGCAGCAAAUGCUCUAUGAAGACUUCCUGAAGACUAAGGGCAUAUGGUCAGCCAACAUGAAGGAGGCGUUUGAGAAGGAUGUGGGCCAGGCCUUGAAGAAGCUCUCAGACGCCCGCUCGGUGAUGCAGAAAGCCCUGGAAGCCGGAUCGAAGGACUUGGGUUGCGCACUUUAA